AUGGCGAGGAACAGCUGUAAGAGACUGUUUAUCAGGCAGUGUGUUAUUUUAUCUCUGUUUACAAUUUUUUUGACAGUAACCGGAGUUGGAACAUACUACAGAAGGUUAUAUGCCAGAGAAGUUGAGACUCUGAGGAACACAGGGAUAUUCAGGGAUGUUAUUGGAGUACACAGUAAUGUCCACUCAGUGUCCUCUUGUUUACUUAAUUGUCUCAGAAUCCAGAUUUGUCUCUCUUUCCAAUAUAACAAAAUGGAGGGACACUGCAGGCUCUACAGCAAUAUUAUCUCCAGUUCUGACGUCCCUCAGAAAGGAACCCGAUACUUCUCAGCUAUGAAAGCAGACUGCUCAGAGGAUGCAUACAUCUAUGAGAAAGCCCUGGGUCUUUGCUGGAAACCAUAUUCUGAAAAGUUAAACUAUACAGAGGCUGCGCAUACUUGUCUGAAUGACCGUGGUCAACUGCUUAGAAUAUCCUCCUAUCAAAUCUGGCUGUACCUCAAAGAAGAACUAGCUGAGCAUCCAAUGAGUCUGUUCUGGAUACGAAGCACCACAAAUGGAACCCACUUGGUCACUGAUGACGACACGAUGGCGGAUUUUCUGUUUGUUACAGAAGAGGCAGAAGAAAUGGAUCCUAACAAUCGGGUUAUCAUUGCCAGAGACCAGGAAUUCCAAGGGAUCAGUGUCCCACCUUCAUCCAGAAACGGCUUUUUAUGUCAAGUGGCCACUAGAACAGAGUCCUGAGAUGAGCUCGUUGUCAAAUUUACAGAAUUUUGUAAAUAAACAGUUCACAGAUAGGUCAGCCAGGUUUCCACGAAACACUGAUGUUGACCUAGCUAUGCACAUUUUUUUUUUGUUAAAUAAAUCAAGACUUAACUGUCGCAUGCACCUUGAAA